AGUAGAUCUCCAAUUUUGCUUCUUCGUUCACUUCGUUGUCGGACGCCAUAAUCAACGCUUCGUUUCGCAGAAGAGUGGGAAGUAAAUCGAACUUUUUAGCGAAAAAUCUUGUCUUUAAUAAUUACGGCUUGAAACAUUUGAGCGGACGAUGGCAGGAGCCGAAUCUCCUAAAUUAAAACAGGAAUCGCAGAAUGCAUCUACAGAGAAUAGUAAUGAAAAUCCACGAGAACGGAAUCCUCCUGGUGGCGGCAACCGUGGUCCUCGUGGGCGAAAAGGAGGGACACGUUUUUCUGGCGGACGUGGUGGCGGAAUGGGCGGAGGAAACAGAAAUAACGAUGGACCGAUGAAAAUGAAUGAUCCUAUGGAUGGUGGUAUGGACAAUACCAUGAAUGAAGGAAUAGGCGGAGGUAUGGGUGGAGGUAUGGGUAUUGGACGUGGCGGUGGAAUGCGUGGUGGUAGAGGUGGCCGCGGAGGGGGUGAUAGAAACAUGGGAAAUCGAUCACAAGAUGAUCGUUUAAUGGAACGGAUUAUGGCUAUUAGUGGUCCUACGCAUGAUCUACCACCCCCAGAAACCACUGAAAAGAAAUUCAGUGGUCGUAAUCGUCUGUAUAUUGGAAACUUGUCAAAUGACGUUACAGAAGAGGAAAUUCAACAGAUCUUUCAACAAUAUGGUGAAAUAUCCGAACUUUUUGUAAAUAAAGAGAAAAACUUUGCAUUUCUUAGGAUGGAUUAUAGGGUAAAUGCCGAGAAGGCAAAACAUGAGUUAGAUGGAAAAAAUGUAUUUACAAAUAGUAAAGGACGCGCACUUAAAGUUCGUUUUGCUCCACAUUCUUCGACAGUUAAAGUUAAAAAUCUUACACCUUGGAUAACGAAUGAAUUGCUUGAGAGGGCAUUCAGUGUUUUUGGUGAAAUUGAACGGGCGAUAGUUAUAGCGGAUGACAAGGGAAAAUCUACUGGAGAGGGAAUUGUAGAAUUCUGCAGAAAACCGUCAGCCCAACUUGCUUUACGAAAGUGCACAGAAGGAUGCUACUUUUUAACCGCGUCUCUACGUCCUGUAGUUGUUAAACCAUUUGAAUUACUAGAUGACAUUGAUGGUUAUUCAGACAAAAAUCUACCUCGGAAAAAUCAGGAAUUUUUUACAGCUCGCGAUAUUGGUCCAAGGUUUGCAAAGAUAGGAAGUUUUGAAUAUGAAUAUGGAACGAGGUGGAAACAGCUGCACGAAUUAUAUGAGCAGAAAGAAGAAGCACUAAAAAGAGAAAUGGCAAUGGAGGAAGAAAAAUUGGAAGCUCAAAUGGAAUUUGCACGAUAUGAACACGAAACUGAAUUGUUGAGAGAACAAUUGCGUAUGCGCGAGGCCGAUCGUGAGAGACAAAAGCGAGAAUGGGAAAUGAAAGAAAGACAGGCUGAAGAACAAAGAACGCGUGAAGAAGAACUACGAAGGAGACAACAGGAAGAAAUGGCAAUGCGUAUUAGAAGACAAGAAGAGGAGCUACAUCGUCGUCAACAAGAAAAUAAUUUAUUCAUGCAGGAGCAAACAAUGAGAGGAGGUGGAGGAGGCGGGAUGGGAGGAAAAAAUUAUGAUUCCGUUGGUAAUAAUGACCGCGAUGGAUAUGGACAGCCAGAUGGUGGAAGCAGCAUGCCAGUGGAUCCAAAGUCUUUUAUGGAUGCUUAUAAUAGUAUGGAUCGUGGUAGUCGUGGGGGUUACAAUGACGAUCGUAGUCAAAUAAUGGAUUUGAUGGAUAUGAGGGUCGAUAUGGGUAAUAUGGGUGGUGGUCGUGGAGGUAGUGGUGGUAGUGGACGUUGGCAAGGUGGAAGUGAUCGUAAUCGUCAGGAUGACUAUCCUAAUAAAAGAAGACGCUAUUAAAGAUGUUACGGUAUUAACAUAACUUCCUUUUUCUAAUCGAUUGAGAAGAAUCGAUAGUUCGCAUUGUAGUCAUUUUUUCCAACAAAAUUUGUUAUCGAUCAUCUUUCACGUUUUAUAUCAUGGCACAGUGUUUCGAGUAUAUGGGCGUUCAGGGCAAAAAUCAUAACAUUGUAUCUGUACACAAUUUUUUCUUCAAUUCACUCUUUGGUUUUAAAUUGAGCUUUCAUUCAUUUGUUAAAAUGUAAAUACUACGAUUAUAUUGAUUCAGGGAAAGAUUCAGAACAUACGUGUGUUUGCAUCAUGACAGAUGAAUCAUUUGUUGCUAUUAAAUAUUACCUUAUAUCUGUAGUUGAAUAUUUCCUUAAUUUUAUUAUAUCAUUUUCUGUGUGUUUCGACACACUUGUAUCAUAGUUUGUGAUAAGUAAAUUGUACAAAUUUUUAUUACAGUUUUCCCUAGAACUUUUGAGGCUAUGAUGUUUCCGUAUAUAUCUUAUUUCAUUAUGUCUAACUAACCAUAGCUUCUUUAGACAACGUUUUCAUAAAUAUUGUUACACGUGUAAUAAUAUCUAUUCCGUAAAUUAGUAAUUUAUAUAAAGGCAUAUUAUGCCAUUCAUAAAUAGAGAAUUAUAUCGUUAUUGUUUUUUGUAACAGUACUGUACAAAAGUAAUACGAUGACUAUAGCGAACAAACAAAAAUUUUAAGAAAAAUAAACAGUAUCUAUAUAAUGAAGGAUUAGGAAUAUUUAGUGGGUCCAUAUAUAGCAUCGCGUAACGCUGAAGCGAUGCCAUUUUGGCCAUCUUUUCUAUUUUGAACAAAUUUUAGACGAUUGAAACUUUGAUUUUAAUAUAAAAUUUACUACUAUUCUUCACAUUAAAAAAGUUAAGAUUAUUUGUUAUUAUUGAGAUUAUUUGAAAUUGAAAUUGAAUUUACUCUCACCAGUUUCAAGGGUGAUAGGAUAUUGAAUUUUAAGAAAAAUCAGAUUAAAUAUGCAAAUGCUGAUUUUUGUGAUAAACUUUAUGCCUCAAUUUUAGUAACAAAUAGAUUUCGUUAUUAACAUUUCAAGAUAGAACAAUCUGUAGAUCUUAAUUCCUUUUUUUCAUUUCCUCUCUUUCUUUUCUUUUUCUCUUUUUUCUUCUUAUUUCUCUGUUUUCUUUUAUUUUUUGUCCAUUGAUCGAAAUGCUGUGCAUAAAGGCGAAACAAUAUUAAUAAGAAUGAAUAGGCAACAAUGGAAGGGUGAUAUGUAAUGAUUGAGAGAGUGUGCUUUUAUAUUUUUCAAUGUGGAUCUGAUUUCGUGAUAUCGCGAAUUAUUUUAUUCAUGAGGCAUUACUUCAACAAAUUUCAAGGGAGUACCCUAUCUUGUGAGCCAAGAAAACAGAUAAAUUAAGACUUUCCUUCUCAGGGUAAUUAUUGUGUGAAAUAUCGGGAUUUUCUUUCAAAGGAUGUUGGGCAACGUUUUAUAUUCAGUUUCAUCUAAUGUCUGAAAUUACAAAACGGCGGAGUUAUGCAACAUUAUCUAUUGUCAUGUUUGAUAAAACCUUUGAAUCUGGUAUCGGAAGUGACUGGAACGUAAAACAAGAAAAAUUUCCAUAUCAACCUAAAUAGAAAUAUAACGUAGUUAUAACGUAGCUCACUAUCCUUAGGUGUAGCUUUCAGUAAUAUACAAAUGAUGGUAUUUGAAAGGAAAUGGGUUUUCACCCAAUAAAGUUAACUUUUGUAAAACGAAUUUAAAUAUCAGAGAAGAUCGUAUGCUGUGCAUUUUACGUAAUCUUAUAAUACGUAAUAAUACGUAAUAAUUUAAAAAGUUAGUCGAAUAUACUUAGUUGUUGAUAUCUACCUUGGGUCUCACGUGAAAACGAUGUUUUCGAGGAAAUCGUGGUCAUAGACCAUUUAAGCCAAUAUUUUAACGAAAUAAAACAAACAUUUUAAGAAUUUAUCCUUAGCUCGCAGUUCUAACUCUAUAACAGGAUACUUCUGGCUCGGAAACUUUCAUCAGCUUGUUUUAAAGCUACUCUUAGUAAUUAUGGAAUUUCUUUGGACCUUUAUCGUGUUCCUGAAUUUUCGCGCGUUUAGGUGUUGUUUGUUUACUUCUUCGCAAAAAUCGCUUGCACUACUUCCAAUAACCGGUUUCAUAAAUUGCUUCAUUAAUGAUAUUGUUUCAUAUACACCGUUGAGAAUACUAGCAGCAACGAAAUCUGCAAUUUUUCUCAUCAUCAUUUUCCAUUUUCUUAUUACAGAUUAUUGUCUUCGGGACAAUUGUCCAAAUUACAGAAUUUACACUCACUCUUAUUGUUUUGCGUGAAUCAGUCCAUAUCGUUUUUCCGGAUUAUUUGACCCGAGACGGUUUCCUAACGUUACUUCGAUAAACAAAAAAUCAAAGUUUUAUCGAUAUUGAAAAAUUAACCGAAAUUUCUGUUUCACAAACGUUAUAUUAGAUCUUCCUACCUGACGCGCAAUAUACAGUGAUUUUUGGUGCCGUAACUUCGCCAAUUUUCGAAUUUCAAAAAAUCCAACUGCAAUAUUCUAUGAAAUGUUGAAAAUAUCUUCGGUUUUUCGAAACCGACAAGGUUAGGGGUACUCCCUUCCAAAUAUAAAUUUACGAAUGUGUGUUUAAUACAUGGGAAGCCCUUUUAAAGGGAUUUAAUGGUACUUUUCAAUUUGAUGUAUUAACAAAUUGUAAAUAUUUUAACAGGCAUACUUUUUGAGCCAUCGAAAAAGCAAAACAUCAGCGUACUGUUAAAACAUUGACUAUUAACAUAACCGUAUCUUUUUCCAAGGAUAAAGAAAUGAUUUGAACUGUACGCCUCUUAAUCCCCCAUAAGACUGUUCUAAACAUGAGAAUCGCAUAUAAUGGAAAAACUGAAUUUAAAUUUGCGGUGUCACUAUAACAUACAGUAAUGUAGACAAACGUAUAUUCACUGUCAAUUAGUACUUUCAAUAAAAUAAUCAUCUCAUAGAAGUUUCUCUUUAUGAAACAAUAUGUAAAUAUUACAAAUAAUAUAGUAGUAUUGCUUUUCAUUACUAUUGUAUUGUCACACUAUAUACUAUUUAUAGUUCAUUAUUUCAUUUGAUUCGGUAGUUUUUCAGGGUGAAAGUAUAUACACUGUCCGUACUUUUAGCUUUGUUCUUUACGAUUAAAAAAUUAGUUCGUAAGUAAAAAGUGCGUUUAGUAUUGACUAAAAUCGAUAUCGGUCAUUUGGUAACUUAUCUUUCUAAUAACGAGUAAAAUUUCUUAUAUACGUGUCUGUGUCAAAGUUUUACUCCGUGCAUUAUGCAUAUUCAUACGUUACGUGUCUUUAUGUUAAUGAUGGUGUGAAUGUCGCCACGAGAAGAAGUAUAUGCAAUAUCUGCAUUACUCGAAGCUUUAUAAAAGUAAUUAUAUUAGAAUAAGACGUAUAUCCUCAGCAGCAGUAAUCAAUCUGCGCUUGUGCUAUUCAAAUUUUGUGAAGGAACAUAAUUGACAGAAAGUAAUUUUAUGAAUAAAGAUUUACAUAUAUCCAUACAUAGGAAUAUAUAAUACACUAACGUUUAUUUAAUUACUAAUCUUCUUCAUUAAAAUUUCGCGAAUAUCGCGUUUAUUUGAAAGAUAUUGUGAAAAUACGCUACAUCUUUGUUUUCAAUACACUGAGUUCAAUACUCGGUCGACGCUUAUUAUGAAAUUGAAUCUUAAAUAUGUCAUACAAACUUACGUCAUAGGCAUAUACAAUUUAUCUCUAUAAGUUAUAAGAGGAAAUUAAAUAUGAACACUCCAUAUAAGUUAUAAUUUGUAUGCUUGCAACUUUGAAUAACACUACUGCAAUGAUGAUUUUAUAUUACAUUGUUACACAUUUAUAUUUUAUAACAUCUUUUUCUAUAAUUUAAAAAAGUUAAAAAAGUUAAAAUUUAAAAAAGUUAAACCCGUGAUGGGUUGAUAUUUAUGGAGAACUACGGAUUGAAACAAGUACUAGAAUACUUGACAUAUAGAUUUUUAUAAGAAUCCGAGGAGUAAUUAUACGACAGAUAUUAUUCUUCUUAUAGAAAUAUACAAAGGCAGUGUGUUCGGAGGUUAAGCUUAUUUUACUAUUAAACCACUAAUCAUCACCGCUUAUAGGUGAAUAUUAAGCAAAGAUAUUUCGAUAAUGGUAUAUUUGUUAAACUGUUCUAACUUGAAUGUGAGUUAUGAAUUUCCUAAAAAGAGAUAGGGAUAUUAUAGUUAAAAUAGAAAAUGAUAAUAACAACAGUAUUACGUUCUAUCUUAAAUGCUGAUAUAUAAUGCUAUUAAGAUAUAUUUCUUUUUAUAAACUUUUAAGGAUUCAUCCGAGAUAAAUUUCAACUUAAUUUCAAAUUAAAAAGUAGUAAACUUCCUUUUUUAAAAGUGUUUGCGGUACAUUUCUCUCAUUUUGGGAGUAAAUUAAAGUUUUGAUAUUGACGUUUUAAAUAAAAGUAAGCAUAAUAUAAUGUAAUCAAGUACAAUUAGAAGUAUUUGCUUGGAGAAAACUGAAAAGUUAUGGUGAAAAAGUAAUAUUAUCUGAUCUACUUUUAUUACAAGUUUAUUAUUUUCAAAUAUAUCACCACAUUUCUUUCAGGAAUCCCUCGACAUAAUGGACAUCAUACAUUUUAUAUUUCUAUGAAGUUUCCAAUAAUGUGAUAAUUUUUAACAAUGAACAAGUUCUUGGAGGAAUGUAUAUUUUCAUGAAAUUCAUUUUAAAUUAUUCCUCAUUAUUCUUCAUUAUUCUUUACCCACAUUUUGUGUCUCUCUGUAAAAUCUUACCCCUAGAAUGUCAUUAUUACAUGGUUCGUCAUUGAAGAAUUUCCAAACAUGACUUCAUUUGAUAUUAUUGUAUUCUCGUAUUAUACUAAUAACUACUUUAUAAAUGGUGCAUUAAAAAAUGUAAUACAAAUUCAUCUUGUGUUUUCUGAAUGAAAGUGAACAUUUACAAUGAGAUUCGCCAAAAUAUAGCUAUUUAAUGAACAUGUUCUUAACAUAUCUGCAUUACAUAAUUUAUACGUUAUAUAAACACAUGAGAUGUGUAUACGUAAGAGGCCUUAAUGAACGAGAAUCCUUACUACUUUAAACACACCACUAAGCUGAUUAUGAAAAAUGGAUAUGGUCAGACUACUAUAUCUUUAUUUGAGAAUUUUUCUGGCAAUGCCUAUACAUUACAUGACAAAUAUUGUCAUUAUUGAAUAAGUGUCUAGAUAAUAAUAUGAAUUAUAUGAAAAUAAGUAUUUCUUGCGAUCAAAGUUAUCCAAUUUCUUUAUCGAAGGAAACUGUUAUGUGCAAGUAAUACGCAUUUGUUUGAAAUUCCUAAUAAUGCGCGAUAUAAACUGACUGUUGUUAAUCAAGAAUCUCUUAACGGAGGAGAGUCUGCAAUCACAAGAUAGGCUUACAUACUUGAAACUACUAGUCAGUGAAACUACUGGUACGAGGUGAGUAGACUUUGUAAAACUGUUAUUAUGCGUACUUCUAUUUUAAUCUUCGGGUGGGACAUUUAUAUGAAUAUAUGGUAAAGAUUAUGAAAUAGUAUAAAUGGCACAUAACAUAAAUGUUACAUAUAUUUCAUCAUUGUAAUCUUUAUUUACUUAAUAUUGAAUACAUAAAUUAUAAUUCAGCAAUUAAGGAGCUCCAUAUUUUUGAACGAGUCUAAUAAUUUGUAAUCUUUACCAGCGAAAUUGAACUUAUAACGUUAUCCAAAAUUAGCAAACAAAUAGGAAAUUACGAUAUAGAAUGGUUUAUUUUGUUAAUUGUAUGUAUUCAAUAUACCAUUGACUUCAUAUUCAACCAAGCUAACUCUUAUGAAAAUCUAAUCGUUUUAUUAUAUGAUUUUAUAAAAACCCUAAUAAUACUUGUGUACAAAUUUACCAGCCUAGUCCGUGUUUUUACCUAUGACAACCAAAAUAUUCUUGUAUACCAACUUUAGCAAAGGUUGUCUGGGUUCAUUAUUGAAAUCUAGGCUGAUAUAUCUAAUUGUUACUUGAACAACAAAACUGCAAUAUCGUAUUGGCUAUACUUAUACCUUGGGUGGUAAAUAUAUAUAUAUAGGCCACUUUAUCAAAUAUACUAUACAUAUAAUUUAUGCAUUUAGUGCUAUCAAAUAUUAUUUAAAAAGGUUAGAUAUUUUAAUAUUUAAAAUCUGAAACUAUAUAUUAGUUAUACCCAUAAAGAAUUUUCGUUUGUAAGACCUAUGCAGCCUAUACUAUUUCUAUGUUUUAAAAAUUGUUAAUUUUAAUUUAUUUGCAAAUUUACAUGUUUUACACUGUAUAAAACUGCAUAUAAAACGAUAUUAUAUUUUUAAUAUAUUAUAUAUAUACGUAACAUGAAUUUUUACUUACACAAUUUUAAUUAUCGAAGGGGUGAAAAAUGUUUCAUGUCGUAUAACAGAGUUCAUAUUUGUAUGGAAGGUAUUAUUAUACUUCACAAGAUAUACUCUCGAAGUUUAAGAUGUGGAAGUAAUCUCUGUGAACAAUCGCUUCAUCGAUUGUAACGAUCUGUAAUCGUUAACUUUAAAUGUAAUUUGUAUACAAAAAGUAUUAAUUCAUUGCACACCGUAUUAAAACUUUUAAUAUAUUGUUUUUAUGUAAAAUAUUUAUAUUAGUAUUUAUGUUUACAGAUACUAAUAGCAGUUGCUAGCUGAGGGAAUGAAUAAAACGUAUUGAAAAGUGAAAAGAUUUGCACACUUCACAUUUAAUUGCAUCUAUUUCACCAUCCCGUAUGUAUUCAACAUACAAACGCAAAAUGUGUGGAAAAGAAUGCGUGCAGAAUCAUAAGGAGGAAAAUAUACAAACGUGUCGAAAUUUACGUGUCAGAAUUAAUAACGCUAAUCAUAUUGCGAAAGUUUCGAAGGAUUAUGAUUAUAUCAAAUGUCGAAUCAUCAUACAGUUUUGAUUUAACUAAGCAUCCCUUUAAAUAUUUCUUCGUACUUAAUGGACUAGAUGAAACAAAAAAUUAAUUUUGUACGCUAUACGCACAGCAAGUCAUCGUUUUGGAAUAGGAGUGUUUAAGGACGUUAGAAGCUGCCAUGAGAGGUGGAAUUGUUUUGACGAUAUAUCAUACUUUAAAAGUGUUUGACUCAAAAUACCAAAAUUAUCAAUAUUGUUGGGUCCUAAAAUACAAUUUGAAAUUCCCGAGCUUUUUCCGUUCAUGUGACCGGCUAGCAGCCUUUUUUGUUGAGAGCGUUCGGAUUGUAAAAGGUGAAAAGUCGUCGAAAGUCGAAAAUAUAGAAUAAAAAUCCUUUUUUUUUUUUUAAUUUUUCCAUCGAGACAACGAUCUACAGUGAAAUCCGUUAUAACGAGACGUGAUAAAGUGCACGCGUACCGAGCGAAAAUUCAAAGUCGAUUUUCUCGAAAACAAAGCCUCAAACGAAAAAUUUUUAUUCUAUAUUUUCGACUUCUUUUUUCGCGUAGGAUCAUCCCCUUUCCGCUUGUACCACCACCAGUUACCAACCACCCUGUAUACUCCGAGUAAUUUUACUAUGUUUUGCGUAGAAUUAUUGUAUUAUAUAUUUCCAUAUCAUGAAACAUUUAAAAAAUAUUAAACAUCUUUUUAUGCGUUUAAUGUAUAAAAUUUUUUGAUUUACAUUAUGACUAAACGUGAACACGUUCGCAAUUCAACGUACUUUGCUUUUAGUACCACUCUAGGAAAGUAAUACGCCUCAUCAAUUAAAAUAUUUUUGUAACUACGUAUGUUAAACAGUAUUCACAAAAAGUAUAUUGUAUGUGUUUUCUGAAGCUUAUCGAAAAAGUAAUAAAUAAAGAGUAUUUGUGUUAUUCAUGUAAAAAAAGUUAGGAUUUUUGGUUUCAGAUGUGUGACCUAGAAUCAGUGCACGUUCGUUACUUAUAAUAUGGAUCAAGAGACUUUGAACAUGUUCAGAAGCUUUAUUUUAAAUUUAACUUUAAACAAAGAUUAAUUCAUUCUCCAUUUUUUAUACGAUAUUAAUUACUGUAUACUCAGAAUAAGUAAUGGCUAAAAUUUCUAUGUUACUUUAAUAAAAUAUAUAUAUACAUAUAA